AUGGUGUAUGAGGGAUCUGACCAUAAGCAGGAGCAGGCACAGGAGCCGGAGCAGGAGCCAUCAGGAGGAACAACGCUGUCUUCUUCAGAGCACCCCCUCUAUUCUUCAGAGCUCUCGCUGGCCUCUGGCAUUUAUACCCUCCUCAUAGGCUCCAGAAUGAAACUAUUUGCAGCUGGCAGAAUCAAACCCCUGCCAGAGCAUGCCCAAGUCAAAAGUCUGCAGCUGCGGAUAAUCUGGGCAGCCCCAUAUCCCAUAACCCGCAAAGCCUGCCUUCAAAACUAUCAUCUCAAUGUUAGCCCAAAGACAGGAUGGAAGAUGUUGGGCUGUCCUUUGUGUGGUAGUGCAUUUAGUUUAGAGAACCUCAGGCCAAACAAGGAGCUGGAAACCACAGUGGUAAUCACUGAUACCAAAGAGGAUCGUAGGCAAACGAUUAAGUCUGAUUUCAAGAAUCUCCAGAGUUUUCUACAGGAAGAAGAGAAGUUUUAUCUUUGGAGGUUGGAGAAUGAGGAAAAGCAGAUGCUGAUGCGGCUGAAGGGCAGCGAGGCCGACCUACAGCAGACGUAGGAGAGAGCUGAGUGCCAAAUUCAGGAACUGGAGGCCAAAUGUCAGGGCUCAGCCCAGAAACUGCUACAGGUGAGGCUGACGUGAAAAAACACUUUGAGCAGGUGUGAGGCUGUGAAGCUAACCCCACUGAAGGCUGGUCCCCUGGAGGUUCAUACUAAAUGUAAUGUGUCUGAGCUUUACUUCGAUGCGAAGACAAUAUUAAGAUGUCACCAAGUCAGUCUGAUCCUGGAUCCCAGCACAGCCCAUCUUGACCUUUCUCUGUCUAAAGGUGGAAGACUAGUGACUUACUAAAGAUACCACAGGGAUCUUCAGGCUUCUGCCACGAGGUUUAAUGGGUUACCCUGUGUCCUGGGCUGUGAGGACUUUACUUCAGGAAGAUAUUACUUUGAAGUCUCUGUUGAGAAUGCAACCAGUUGGGAUGUGGGAGUCUGUUUAGAGAUGCAGAGGGGCUUUAACAUGAAGGAGCCUGGGUUUGGAUUCUGGACCAUCAAGAUGUCUGAAGAGGACGGACGACUUGAAGCUCUCACUUCUACCCCUACUCCUCCCCUUCAUCAAAGUGAAACGCCUCAGGUUGUGGGAGUUUUUCUGGACUAUGAGGCUGGAGUUGUAUCUUUUUACAGUGUAACUACUGGUUCUCACAUCUUCACCUUCCCUAAGGCUUCUUUCUCAGAUACUCUGAGGCCCUUUUUCCAGGCUUAUCAAUAUUCUCCUUUGUUCCUGCCUGCCAUAAAUAAUCAAGGAAAGAAGUAGUAAAGUCCCUAUGCCUUAAGUAGCAUCAUAGAAAAUCCACAAAUCUCACAAGCAAGGCAGAAACUUUA